AAACAGCUGACUUUGUUGACAGUCCAUCAGCGGUGGUAGACCAGGUGGGCUGUGGGUCUCAUUUAACGCAGGAGCAACACUAAUGUUAGCCGGAUAAUCCAAGUAAAUGUCUUGGCUAGAUAGAGUUGCAGCUCAUAUAUUAGAGAAGAUGGUCUGUUUGGCAUGGCAUCGAUUAGUUGGGAGAAUUUCCAAAAGUUUGUGUCAGUUAAUGAGACAAAAACUUGGUGAUAAUGUGCCCCCAGGAAUAACAGAUUUAGAGAUUGUUCAUCAGAGUUGUCAUUACAUUAUUGUUAACAAAAGAUACGAUGUUCUCAUCAACAGUAAUUCCUCACAAGAUGAGGUAACAGUUCAAACUCAGAUGAAACAGUUGUUUCCUGACUUGGCCAGUCAAAACCUUGGACAUGAAUUUAGGUUUGCUCAUCGUCUCGAUUUUUCUACCAGUGGACUGUUGUGCAUAGCUCUUCACAAAAAAGCUGCAGCAGCAGUUGCAAAAUGUUUUGUUCAUAAGCAUGUGGACAAGUAUUACUUAGCUCUUGUGAGGGGCCAUGUCUCCAAAGAAAUGUUGGAUAUAUAUCUUCCAAUAGGUGAUGAUAUACGAGAAGAGUGGUGUGGGAUAAAGAUGGCCACACCACUUAGUCGACAUACUGGUCGCUGUAAAGCCGCACAUACGCGUCUCUUGGUGCUUCAGAAGGGUCUAUAUGAUGGUUACCCAGCAACAAAGCUUCUCUUAAAACCUAUAACAGGCCGUCGCCACCAACUUCGAGUUCAUCUGUCUGAGUCGGGUCAUACCAUUGUAGGGGACUUCACCUACUCCAAUCGCCGUGAUAUCUACCCCUAUCGCAUGUUCCUUCAUGCAUAUAGGCUUGUUAUACCCUCACAGUUUGAAUCAAUUGAUGUGAAAACUGAGGACCCUUUUGCAGAACACGACCCACGGAAUAAGUGGGCUCCAGUAGAAACCCUGCAUGAACUAACUAAGGAAAGUUUUGUUAAAUUGAAACUAGGAAGAAAGUGGUAUACAAAUAAAGAUUCAUAGCCUCCAUUUGGAAAAAUGAUAAACAAUGCUGUAUUUUAAUGAAAGUUAAAUUGUAAAUUCUUUUUUAUAUUGAGAUAAUGCAUGUAUACAGCAAGCCAAAUUUACAGCAGGGAGAUCUAUCCAGGAUGUCUCAUUACUUGAAUCAAUGCAGAUUCCUUCUUUUUUUUGCCUCUUAUCCCUCUUCAGAUUUGUCACUUAGAGUUUGAUAGUGUACCUUUAAGUCUUCCUUACAUUCACAAUACAGUACUAUAAAUCUGUCCCUAUCUACCCUUUCCUGUUAUUUUUCAGUCUUAUAAUUUUCUAUUUUUCAGUAAACCCUCGAUAACUUGGAAUUUCAUAUAACUCGGCAUGGAUAUGGUCUCAGAAUGUAUUAGUAUAACUUGGAAAUGCAGAGAUACAUAAAAUUAUCUGGGAAAAUCUCAGCAUAAAA